AUGCAGUCAUUUCCAGCAUCCAGAACUCAGGCUGAGGACCCUGCCAGCAAGGCUCGGCUGCUCAGCGCUCAUUGCGCAGACACACAUGUCCCCCAACCUCUGUAGUCAGGAUAGGAGGACGACUUUCCGGACACUAAGGGUUGCCCGCUUGCAGGUAACAGGAUGCAAGCUGGGCACUACCCCUACAAAUCCUCAUCCCCUCUGCUGCCAGGAGCUGUGGGUGGUUUCCAUUGCAGACAGAAGCCAGAACUCCUCCAUUGGUCAACCACCCGCGCUGUAGGUGGCUUCCAUUGGUCCAGUUCUGCAUCGCGGCGCACGGCCUUCUGGGAGUUGUAGUCUCAGAGUCUCUGAUGCGGCCGCCAUUGUCCAGAGGACGCCUGGUGGGGUGGUCCUCUUGACCGGGGCGGCUCUUUACAUUAGUAGUCGUCUUGGGCUCCUGUGCUGGACCUGUUAGCCCGGGAUGGACCCCCAAGACGAAGCCGCAGCAGUGACGAUGGCCUCGCGCUCGCGGGCACGACCUCAGGAGCCAGUGACUUUCCGGGAUGUGGCUGUAGACUUUACCCAGGAAGAGUGGGGGCAGUUGGACCCUACCCAGAGGACUCUGUAUCGUGACGUGAUGCUGGAGACCUUCGGACACCUCCUCUCUGUGGGUCCUGAGCUUCCCAAGCCUGAAGUCAUCUCCCAGCUGGAGCAAGGUGCUGAGCUCUGGGUGGCAGAGAGAGGAGUCACCUGGGGCUGCCAUCCAGGUCGCCUGGUUGACUGUAGUCUCCACCCUCUGUCACUUGCUCUCACCACUGGAGACAGCAGGCUCAGUAGUUUGGGGAUGGCUGGAGCUGUGGGGACCCCAGGCUGGGUCCUUGGACCUGAAGGUCACAUGUCACUCAAGGAGCAGGGCUUCCCUAAGAAGAUGUCCCCUAUGACAGAAAGGGAAGGGUUCCCAAAGGAUACUCCUUGUGAUUCCAUGACAGGUCUAGACCAGAGCCAGGCACUCAGAAAAGACCAGAGUAUCUUGAGGCAAUCAGAAGGCCCCAAAGAGGUACCAAAUCAAAGUCAAGGCUGUGAAAGUCUUGGACUUGGGAAAACCUGUGUUCUUAAUUCAAACACAGAUCUACUACCAGAGAUUUCUAGAAAAGAAUAUGACUGUAUCUAUGCCACACAAGUUAAAAACGCAGUCCAUAGCUCAAGUUUAGUCAAUCAGCAGACAGACUCCUCAACAACACAACUCUUUGAUGACAGUGGCUGUCACAAAACCUCUGAUCAGAGUAUACCCAUUCCAGAACUCACAAAAAACCAAGUUCAAGAUAAACCCUACAAAUGUACUGAUUGUGGGAAGUCAUUUAACCAUAAUGCGCACCUCACGGUACACAAGAGGAUUCAUACCGGAGAGAGACCAUAUAUGUGUAAAGAGUGUGGGAAAGCCUUCAGCCAAAACUCUUCCCUUGUUCAGCAUGAGCGAAUCCACACUGGAGACAAGCCCUAUAAAUGUGAUGAAUGCGGGAAAUCUUUUUGCCAUAGCACACACCUUACUGUCCAUCGGAGAAUUCACACUGGAGAGAAACCAUAUGAGUGUCAGGACUGCGGGAGGGCUUUCAAUCAGAAUUCAUCUUUAGGCCGGCACAAAAGGACACACACUGGGGAGAAGCCAUAUACCUGCAGUGUGUGUGGGAAAUCCUUCUCUCGGACUACUUGCCUUUUCCUACACCUACGUACUCACACUGAGGAGAGGCCUUAUGAGUGUAACCACUGUGGAAAGGGCUUCAGGCACAGCUCCUCCCUGGCCCAGCAUCAGCGGAAGCAUGCUGGGGAGAAACCCUAUGAGUGCCGACAGAGGCUGAGUUUUGAGCAGGCACCAACUUUAACAAAGCACGAAUGGACAGAAACCCUCAGCUCUGACCCACCUUUGAGUCAAGUUGAACGGACUCAGCGGAACGACAGGCCCUUUAAAUGUAAUCAGUGUGGAAAAUGUUUCAUUCAGAGUUCUCACCUCAUCCGACAUCAGAUAACUCACAACAAAGAGGAAGAGCCCCAUGGACGGACCCGAAGACAAGAACAGUCGUGUGGCCGGGGCUCAAAGCUCAUUCGGCCUCAGCACUCCAAUUCCAGAGAAAUCUCUGUGGACCAGGCAAAGGCAGGACAGCCAGCAAGCAGGGCCCUGGCCUUGUUUGACCUCCAUGAAAUUAUGCAGGAGAAAAACCCUGUGCAUGUUAUUGCGGUAGGAGAACCUUCAGUGGGCACCUCUCUGUUAUUUGACAUCAGAAAAUCCACAUAGGAAGUGCUUCAGAUAACUUUUGACCUACAAAUACAAAAUGCUAAGUCUACACUGUGUUCAUAGCAAGAGAGGAUGGCAUUAUGGCAGUGGUGACCUCUGACUUUGUAUGGAAGUGCUGCUUCCCAAAUACCUGAGGUUGGUGGUCUCCAGUUUAUCAAGUCAGUACACCUUUAACAACAGGCUUUCGUUUGUUUGUUUUGAGACAUGGUCUCUUUGUUUUUUUAAGAUGGAUUUUUUUUUUAACUUUUUAAAACAAUUUUAUUUAUUAUUUUUAUU